AAUACCUCACCUCCGUCCUGAAAAUUAAAAGGGGAAAAAUUUAACAAUAAGGAAUGGCCUCACAUCUCCGCCCUGCUCUUUCUAUAGCUCGCUAUAUGGUAAAUCGGGUUACUUUUCAAUCAUUACACCGGUCCCGGUCGCGGGUAUAUCUGCAGUCCAGAAUUUUGGCACCUAUAAGCUUCAAAAGGAAUGCUACAUCGACUACGCCACACUCUACUGCCUCCGACCCCGCGGAGGUGGAAGCGUUACGAUGUUUAGAGGAGGGAACUCAGAAACUCGAAGAGGGGGACGUCUUAGCCGCCAAAACUCUGUACAAACGGAGCGCAGAAAUCAAACGCAAUGCUAGUUCUCUUUUCAAUCUUGGUGUCACACAUUAUCACCUCAAGGAAGUUGACGAAGCAAUCGCCGCUUGGAAAGAAUCAAUAGCAUUGCAGCCGCAAAGUCCUGACGCCCAUACCAAUUUGGCCAGCGCGUACAUCAUUUCUCCUUUACCGCGUCCAGACCUUGCUUUGCAUCAUUUACAGCAUGUCGAUCGCAUAAUCUGACUGUCCUACUGCUAACAAGUAUCAUUCCAGCAUCGCUUCUUCUCUAUCACCGGAGGACCCCGAAAUUGCGUUCAAUCUUGCCGCAGUUUUGGAAGCCACCGGCCGCCUAGAGGAGGCUUUAGAACAAUACAAGCGCUCUAAAGAGUUCGGCGUUGAGCGUGCGGCUAUGCACAUCCGGAAUAUAAGCGCAAAAAUACUUGGCAAAAAGAUGAAGGAGGUGCAAACCGAAUCGAAUAAAUCAGACAGUUGAGCUUGGAUGGUCAUUCUUGUCAAAUUCGCAAGGUGAGAAUGAACUUGGUAUUACUCCCGAUAAUACAGACUGCGGACAUAUAAGAUCGGUACAUGUAUGUGGCUCCCGUAAUAUAAGUCUGGCGACUUUCCGCCCGCAGUUC